AUGAAGUCCAUUUGUGGGAUAAUAAUAGCAGCUUUAGUGACUAGUUCGUACAGCAUGCCUGCUGGUGAGGUAGCAACUCAGUCUCCUCAAUUAUCCGAUCUUAUAACUCAAGCUCAAGCUAGUAUCAAUAAUUUCGGCGAAGAGCUUCAAAAAAAACUUAAUCUUCCGGAUCAAGAGACUGUAGCCAAAACAAUUCAAUCUCAAACUACGAACUUUGUUAAUAAUGUUCAGGAUUAUGUUAAAAAAGUAUCUGAAGAUAUUAAAACCAAGAAUCCUGAGCUAGAGAAAGUUUGGGACGAUAUCAAGGAAAAAUUCAACAAAGUCGCUGAUGAUAUUAAUGCACAAAUUCCAAAUGCUCAAGACCAAGCAAAGCAACUCCAGGAGAAAUUAACUGAAGGGUUCAAGACUCUCGUUGAUGAAUCAGGCAAAGCUUCGAAAGCAAUUAGCAAAGAUUCUGAAAAAAUUCAAGAAGAUGUAGCAAAAAUCACUAAGCAAGCCGUCGAACUUGUUCUUGAAACAACUAAAAACUUUGAAACCAAGUUACGGGAAUUGGCUGUAACUGAAGCUCCAAAAUAA